GUUACGAAUUUAGAUGCACGUGCACCCUAUUAUAUCAUAGCAAAAAGGUUAUUUUUAGAAACCCGCUAAGUAGCUGUCUCUUUCUGUCCUUUUUUCUUUCUUUUAUUUUGUCGUCUGUCGCAAGAAGUGACUAAGAUGGCUGGGCGACCCGCAGGCUUUUCGGAUGGCGAAUCGGAUGAUGAUGAAUUUGGAGUUUAUGAAGCACCUGCUUCAUUACCGAAUUUACGAGUUCGACCACCUAUUAAUCCGUUACCCCAGACUCAGGUUAUCAAAAAGUCUGAUGUUGAUUUGGAGGAUUUCCGUAUAGCCACCAUGAAGGGAAACCUCCAAUCAGUCAAGUUGUACGUUGAAAAUGGAGUCUCAGUCAGCCAGGUGCUGAGGUCAGGUUGGACGGCAUUGAUGUACUCUGUGAGCUGUGGGAGAUGGCAAGUAACUGAAUACCUUUUGGAAAAAAAAGCCAAUCCCAAUUUCCAUAAGGAGCUAUUCACCCCUCUCAUGGCUGCCUGUGCAUCUUCUCAUGAGGUUGAAGAUGACCUGGUCAAAUGUGUUGAGCUUCUGAUUACCCACGGUGCUAAUGUCAAUGCCACUGAGAGGCACAAAGUGACACCUUUAAUGUUUGCCUGUAAAGAAAAAAGACUUGAAAUUGUACAAACUUUGUUAAAGAGAAAUGAAAUCAACAUUGAUUUGCAGGACCAUCAUGGUUGGAGUGCCUUAAUGUGGGCCGCCGAUAAAGGAGACGGAGCUAUAGUGCGAGCUCUUUUGGAGCACGGCGAAAAGGGGGCAGACACACACCUAAUGUCUAGUAGCGGACAGAAAGCCGUUGACGUUGCUCUGAUAGCUGGACACAAAGAUGUGGCGGCCCUUCUAGAUCUAACACUGAAACCGCAAGAAUCUCUGGCGCCAGCCCCACCGCCAUCCACCGAUUCGAUUGCAACAGUAACUGAACUGGAAACCGUAUUGAUGGGCCUUGAUUUGACGUGCCUUCUGCCAAAUUUUUACGAGCACAAGAUGAAUUACGACUCGUUUCUUCUCAUGGACGAUGGAGACUUGGAUCGGAUGGGCAUCACUCAAGUUGGCUACAGAACGAGACUGUUGAAUGCAGUCAAAGAAAUCCACACCAAAGAGUGGGAGCGAGGAAGUUUACCUGCCAUACAAUACAGCAAAUAUCUCAGCUGUCCUGAAGCAACUGCACUUGUUGGUAAUCUAGCCAUUCAUGGACGCUAUAUGCUUGCCAGCGUCGCCUAUCUUCGCGAUCAAAUUCAGCGCAAACCGAGGAUUCUCCAACUAGGAAUGGAGACGGCAUCAGUCCACGCAUUGUCCGCUCAGACACAAUACGCCAUGAAGCAGAUCAACGAAUUACAAAGUCAACUCAAGUUCCUCAAACUUUAUCUCGACAAGGUUCAAGAUAAAGCGGAAUUUGUUCCAGCCGAUUUGAUCACAGAGAGAAACGGCUAUUACGAUAAAAGAGAUCGAAGUUUCUGGCGACGUCCAUGGGGUCGCUACAUAGUUAUGGCAGUUGUGGCCUUCACCGGGGGCCUUGUCUUAUGGAGCACUCCUUCGCGCUUCCUCCAACACUCCACUGCGGUUCUCCUUGUGGCGUAGUCAUCUCGAGAAAGUCACAUAGUUUAUUCUGGUACCUUUCUUUAUAUAUUUUUUUUUUCAAACAGAUCGAUUCUCGAUGUGAGAAAUGCGUUGUACAUGACGAUGAUAUUAAACUCGCCAAAAUCCAA